AUGCGGCGACGGGUGGAAGACGACGAGGACUAUGAAGAGGAAGAGGACGUACCGCUUCAACAUCGACGACCCUUUGGCGCGGGAAUCAGCCGCAAGCCCAUCCAGUUCGUCAAGGCAUCAGAUCCAAACCUGAGUACGACACAGACGGCCAAUAAAACAAAAAGCGGCGCUUCCGUUGGCGACUUUUACCUCAGCCUCGUGCUCGGUGACAAGCAAGCGGAAGCCGAAAAGCUCUCGCCAGCAGCAGGGCAAGUAUGCGCCGUGUGCGAAUUGCCUGUGGAUAAAGACGACGCCGUGGGAGAGGUCGGCAAUGACAAUAACAAGGCCACGACAAGUAGACAGAAGCAGCAUGAGUCUUCGAUUGCUCACCAAGUCUGCCUCACACACUCACAUCCCCCAUCAGCACUAGAUCGGUCGCGCAUGGGCUUGACAUAUCUUUCAUCCCAUGGUUGGGACCCUGAUUCACGCAAGGGGCUCGGUGCCGAAGAGCAAGGCAUGCAGUAUCCCCUGAAGACUCGACCAAAGGAGGACAAAUACGGUUUGGGUCUCAAGAUCCCAAAAGGCAUCCAGGGAAGAAUUGACAAGAAGAAGCCGCAGAUGCUGGAUGCGAAGCAAUGCAGAAAGAAGGCCGAUGAAGACAAGAGAAAGGCUGAGAGGUUGCGAGAGAUGUUUUACGCCAGCGAAGACAUUGACAAAUACCUGGGGACCGGUUUAUAA